AUGGCCGCCGAAGAUGUGGUUUCGUCGUCGGCUUUUGUCGUUCAUUUCUUCUUGACCGUGAUUAUGAUAUUAUUCAAGCCGAUCCAGUGUCUCUCAUCAUAUCCUAGUUAUGGUACUACUCGCAGUCCACCGGCGAUGUUCGCUAUCGGCGGCGGCCAAGCAGACGUUGGCACCAACGCAAUCUUGAACUCCUCUGCACCGGGCAACAAGCCGUUCAAUGGGAUCGAUUGCGACCCUCCGUUGCCCACCGGCAGGUUGAGCAAUUGCUGGGUUGUGGCUGACUUUGUGGCAAUGGCGCUGGGUUACGACGAAAGCCCGCCGCCGUUCCUCGCCGUCGUGAACUCGUCCAAGAGGUUCGACCGGGUUAUAACGAGCCGAGGUUCGCUUGUGACGGUAGGGCAGCAGAUCGAUCAGUUCGGGGCGGUAGUGCGGCCCAGGCUGAUAGCUUUACUGGGCCCAGUAGCUGCAGGCAAUUUUCUGGCCCAGUCGUUCUUCUUGUUGGCCACCGGAAGCAUUGACAUAGCGGAGCAACGGGCGAAUGCCCCUCCCAGCUCCGACCCUCGCUUCCUCCGAUUGUACAUAGCCCAAUAUGUUGAUUAUAUUCGUACUCUGUACGCACUUGGAGGUCGAGUGUUCGGGAUCGUGGCGCCAUCACUAGUUGGAUGCUCGUCGUUUUACUACAAUUCGUCGAACAGCAGCAGCGAAUGCGACGCCAGAUCUAAUUCGCUGUCGCUGGGCGCCUUCAACCGCCUUGCAUCGGCGUUGAGGUUGCUACGCCUUACAUAUCCGGAUUUCCGGUAUUCCAUCUGCAAUUCCCCCAACUUCUAUUUCGACGUCAUCGCGAAUGCACCUGGUUCCCCUGGAUGUGGUUUGAAGGAGGUGAGAGCAUCGUGCUGUGGGAACCGAAGGGCAAUGUGUUCGCCGACUUCUGCUCUGUGCGGGAAUCGCGACGAGUAUUUCUUUUGGAACCUUUACUUGCUCACGAGUGAGGGGUCCAGGCUGCAUUCUGCCGCCUGUUUUGGCCGGAAUCCCAGAUACUGGACACCUGUCAGCUUCGCCGCCCUCCUGAAAGACUGA